AACAUUUGAAUUUCUGUCAACAUGUUUUUAGCAAAUAACACAUUCAAUUUAUUAAACAUGAAAUUUCAAGUAGAAAAACCAAAAUUGUCUUCUCUUGUAAAACAUAUUCCAGUAGUCUUUGUUUUAUUUACAACUUCAAAAGCAUUUUAAAUUGAUGCUCAUACAGAGCUUCGUAGAACAAUGAGACAGUGGAACCACAUUGAAAACAGAAGUCUGAGCCAUUUCAGUGUCUCAACAACUGUUCUGUCCCAGUUCUUCAAUAGUCACGUACACUAACAUAUGAACACAGUCCCUUUAUCUGAGAUGUUGAUUGUCAGUCGAUCAGAAGAAAUCUAAUGGUUUAACAGUUCACAUUUACAUUUAAAAGAUCUGUCAGUGCUGUCGAUAUGUCACUCUUUGAGUCCUUCGAGCUCUUUUUCUUGCACCCACUCUGGAUUCACACUCUAACCGCACACAGCAGCCCCUCCUCCAGAAGAUCCUCGCACACUGGCCAAUAGGAAGACACAUGAUGACCCCUAUAAAAAGCAUCAGUUUUGAAGCUGAAGACACCAGACAGAGAGAUAGCAAGAGAAUGAGAAGGGAAACAUAUGAACUGUAGGUUGGGAAGCAUUUUCAAGAGGACGUGAAGAAAAUAAACUAAACUUCUAAUUGUUUUAACUUGUUUUAAAGUGUCAUCAUGAGCUCUAAUCUUGUCAACUCUCUUGCUCGGGUUUAUGACCCCAAACCACUUCAUGCUCAGAAGCGAUCAAACGGCGGAAGAGCCACAGCAAGAAGAGCUUUGUUCUUCCUCAAACAGACAUCCAGCUUCACCACUUUCUGAUAAGCCUUCCUCAAAAUCCUUCUCAUCUUCUGCUCUUGUACAAGUCAAUGAUCUGAGUGAUAAGAUGGACAAACUCCUCGCCCUGCAGGAAGCAUCUCUGAGACGACUGGAUACCAUCGGUCAAGAUCAAGGCACAGCUACAGGUGGGCGAGGCGUGGAGCAGAUGUUGUGUGAUAUGCGUGUUGUUAUAGAAACUGUUCGAGAGAAGGAGGAACAACAGGAUCAGCGACUUGAUGCUUUGGAGCGACUGGUCCAGCAGGUUGUCAGUUUCGUUGCUGAAAUGUUGAAACGCUCAAGAUUGGCCAGUCUCUUGAAAAACUCACACUCAAAAUCCAGCAGCAGGUUUAGAGAAAAGGAUGGGAAGGAAAAAUCUAAAGUGUACCAAAAGGGGUUGAAAACCCAGAAGAAAAAGAAACCAUUGGAUGCAUCAGACUUAGUCCAGGCUGGUUUUGAAGAAGUGCAGAAGCUCAACCAACAGAACAGUCAGCUUUCUCAAUGCACAGCAGAGACUGCCGUCAGCACAGCUGUGCAUCUGGAUCUUAUUGAAGAGGAGCAGGAAGUAGACAAAUAUAGGGAAAGAAAGGAUGACAAACAACAGGCUACAGUAGAAGAAGAGGCAAGAGGGCAAGAAAUUGUUGCUGAAUUAUUUCAGAUAAAAGAGGAGGAUAAAAAUGAGGAAGAGGAUAGGUUAAAGAAAGAGGAGGCUUUAUGGUUACCUGAAGAAAAACAACUAGCUGCUCUGAACUCAUCUGACCAGACAGAUGAAGGCAUUACAGUCACAACAGAAAGCUGUGAGGAGAAUCUGGAAAUAACUUUCAGCACUAAGAGGCAUGUUACUGAUGAGACUCUGACAGAUGAACUUAAAAAAAGCCGAGUGGAAGAGGAUAAGGAAUUGAAGGAGGAAGAGGAGGCAGGACUUGUAGCUGCAGAGGCGGGACCAGAGAGACCAGAGGAGGGGACAGAAGAGGAGAGGAAAGAUGCAGAGCCAGUAAUUGACGAAUAUGUCAUUGAUUCUUCCCCUCCUCCACCUGCACCAUUUGAACACUGUCUAGUGACAACCAAAACCCACCAGAUUACAAGUUACUACACUAUCAAUAAAGAGGAGGUUCUUGGAGGAGGACGGUUUGGCAUGGUGCACAAAUGUGUAGAGAAAUCUUCUGGCCUCGUAUUAGCAGCCAAGAUCAUCAAAGCCAGGAGUCAGAAAGAGAAGGAGGUAGUGAAGUGUGAGAUUGAAGUGAUGAACCAGUUGGACCAUGCCAAUCUGAUCCAGCUCUACGCCGCCUUUGAAUCUCGACAUGAAAUCAUUCUAGUGAUGGAGUAUGUUGAUGGUGGAGAGCUGUUUGACCGGAUCAUAGAUGAGAACUACAAGCUGACCGAGUUGGACACAGUGCUGUUCAUCAGACAGAUCAGUGAAGGGCUUCAGUACAUGCACAAGAUGUACAUAUUACACCUUGACCUAAAGCCUGAAAACAUUCUCUGUGUCAGUCGACAAACAAACAAAGUAAAGAUAAUUGACUUUGGGCUCGCAAGGAGAUAUAAACCUAGGGAAAAGUUGAGGGUGAACUUUGGUACACCUGAGUUCCUGGCUCCUGAAGUCAUUAACUAUGAAUUUGUCUCAUUCCCAACUGAUAUGUGGAGUUUAGGUGUCAUCACUUACAUGCUGCUCAGUGGUUUGUCUCCAUUCCUGGGUGAGGAUGAUAAUGAGACACUAAAUAACAUCCUGGCAUGUCAGUGGAGUUUUGAAGAGGCAGAAUUUGCCGACAUCUCUGAGGAGGCCAAAGAUUUUAUCUCACGCCUGCUUGUGAAGAGCAAAAGUUGGAGAAUGAGUGCGUCCCAGUCCCUGAAACACCCAUGGCUUUCAGACCGAGCCCUGCACUACCGUCUGCACCAUAAGAAAAACAAGUGUCACUCUUCACAUGCCCCUCCUCCAGAGGGAUAAACAGAAGUGAUCAUUGGCUCUCCUGGCGCCUUGGUGACACACUGGACCAAUACUGUUGUAUAUGAACAACUAUACAACAUCUGUUCAAUAUUACAGUCAAAUACUGACUGUAAAAUGUUUAUUACCUUCUUACCUCAACUUUAAGCUAAAACAGCAUACAAUACAUUAAAAGUACAGCUCUCCACAAGAAUAUUUCACCAUUUUGUAAAAUGGCAACCAAUUUAUGGCUCUGUGAUGAACUUGCCCUGUGCUCCAGUUCUGGUUUAAGUGGGUUUUAUCUGUCUGGUGCCUGUCAUCUUAUGAAAAUGACUACAUGCACUUAAUACUACAGUGAUUUGGUCUUGUAUGUGAACUUUAUAAUAGGCCAGGACUGGAGAAAAUAUGUGAAUGACUAAGAGUGCAACAGAAAUCAUCAUUCAUACUCUAUACGCACAAAUGUAUUGAGUCUUAUCAUGGUAAUAUUCUGUACAUCAUCGGUUUAUGGUAACAUUUUAUUUGCAUAAUAUUUAUGAAGGCAUUAGAAUUCACAAAGGAAAGUGUACUGUAUUUUACACUUGAAACUCUAGCACCCUUAAUGUCAAAAUCCUGCAAAUAAUCCAUCAUUUUGAACAUUAUGUCUUUUCUGCUGAUUUUCAGGAAGUCUAAGUGUCAGAGUUUUUUUGUGUGCAUGUAGCUACUGUUAUCUGAUACAAACAGCCAUGACCCAAAUACAGCACUCUCUUACCACAUUUUAUUCAAUAAUGUCAUUUAGAGGCUUUCCCUUAGGGCAAAUGUACUGUGCAAAAUGACUUAUUCAGAAUCAUGGUGGGGGGUGGGAGGUGGGGUUAAGCUGUAAAUUUGAGACUGGGACUCUGGCUUCAAGACUGGCUGUUUUAGGUGAUUAUACGGUCUUGCUCACUCUUUUUCUUUUUUGUAGACAUCUCACCUUCCAUGAAGGCGAAAAAAAAAACGGAACACUACCUUCAAAUGUAUUGUGUGUUUUUGUGUGGUUCUAAGUAUAAAGAUACUGUUGCUUUGAUCACCUUUCACUGAUGUUUACUUGAAAUGCUUCUACAGUGUAAUAAAUGGAGUGAAAUUUACUGUAUGUCAGCUUAUGGCUAACAAAUUAGUGCUUUUAGACACGGAUUCUAAGUGAAGGCUGAAGAACCAGGACUAUCACUGUGUAAGCAUUAAUAAAAGAUUUGUUUAUUUUUAUGUUUUGAUUUCAGUUUCUAUAUAUGCAAUGACUGGAUUGAGGAAUACUAAAAUAUAAUAGCUCAUAAACUACUAGGAAAAAUAAAAGCAUUUCUGUGCUUUCAUAUAUUAGUACUUGUACAUUAUUUAAAAGAUAUUUGUUGUAAGUGCCUUUUGUGUUGUA